AUGGCCACCCAGAAUGGAAACACCAGUUUUGCACCCAACUUCAAUCUUCCCCAAGACCAUGCCUCCUCCCUCCCCUUCAACUUCAGUUAUGGUGAUUACGACUUUCCUUUGGAUGAGGAUGAGGACAUGACCAAGACACGGACCUUCUUCGCAGCCAAGAUCAUCAUCGGUGUGGCACUGGCAGGCAUCAUGCUAGUUUGUGGCAUUGGCAACUUUGUCUUUAUUGUUGCUCUUGCCCGCUAUAAGAAGCUGCGCAACCUCACCAAUCUGCUCAUUGCUAACCUGGCCAUCUCUGACUUCCUGGUAGCCAUUGUCUGCUGCCCAUUUGAGAUGGACUACUAUGUGGUACGCCAGCUCUCCUGGGAGCAUGGCCAUGUGCUCUGUGCCUCUGUCAACUACCUGCGUACUAUGUCACUCUAUGUUUCCACCAAUGCUCUGCUGGCCAUUGCUAUUGACAGAUAUCUUGCUAUCGUUCACCCCUUGAAACCACGGAUGAAUUUUCAGAAGGCCUUCUUCCUGACUGCCUUGGUCUGGAUGGUGUCCAUUCUCAUCGCCAUCCCAUCUGCCUACUUUGCAACAGAAACAGUCCUCUUUAACGUCAAAAAACAGAAGAAGAUUUUCUGCGGCCAGAUCUGGCCAGUAGACCAGCAGCUCUACUAUAAGUCCUACUUCCUCUUCAUCUUCGGCAUCGAGUUUGUGGGGCCAGUGGUCACCAUGACCCUGUGCUACAGCAGGAUCUCAAGGGAACUCUGGUUCAAGGAAGUUCCUGGUUUCCAGACGGAGCAGAUCCGGAAGCGGCUGCGCUGUCGCCGGAAGACGGUUCUGGUGCUCAUGUGCAUCCUCACCGCCUACGUGCUGUGCUGGGCACCCUUCUACGGCUUCGCCAUCGUGCGCGACUUUUUCCCCACUGUGUUCGUUAAGGAGAAGCACUACCUCACGGCUUUCUACGUCGUGGAGUGCAUUGCCAUGAGCAACAGUAUGAUCAACACCGUGUGCUUUGUGACCGUCAAGAACAAGUCCAUGAAGUACUUCAAGAAGAUGAUGCAGCUCCACUGGCGCCCCUCCCACCAUGGAAGCAAGUCCAGCGCGGACCUCGACCUCAGAAACAGCGGCAUGCCAGCCACAGAAGAGGUGGACUGUAUCAGGCUGAAGUGA